AUGGCAGUGAGGAGAAGGCAAGGAGAAAGAGAAAGAGAAAGAGGGGCAGAAGCAGAAGAGAGUGAUCUGUUGAAGCUGAAGCUGUACACGGAUCCAUGGGUUGUCAAGAAGAAGCUGAGGGAGAGUGAUCUCAGUAAUCAUCUGAGCAGAGUUAUAUUGCCAAGAGAUCAGGUAGAGAAGCAUGUGAUGCCAUUCCUUAAUUCUAAGGAACGCCAUGAUGUGGUCGAGAGCGGUAGAGGACUUUGGGUCUCGGUGAAGGAUUGGGAUACAGACACCUACCAUUUGUUGAACUUCAUGAUGUGGAAGAGUAACCGUUCUUACAAGCUUGGGCAUAGAUGGAUUCCAGAGUUCGUGGAUAGAAGAAGACUUGGGAAGGACGAUGUGAUCGGGAUGUUUUGGGACGGUUCCACUCGGUGUUUCUAUUUCAGUGUCCUUGAGAGAUCUCCUCCUCCUCCUCCGGAUGCUGCUGAUGAGCAAUUCAUCAUGGCAACAACCCCUCCUCCUCCUGAUCCUUAUCUCUGCAAAUUCGCAAGUGAAAACCUCCAUCUCAGCCAGCCUAUGCCUGAACCAUGA